AUUCCGUAGCGCGGCCGUGCGGGGGGCGGGGCGCGGCAAUAUGGCGGCGGGGGGCGCGGCGGAGGCCCAGGCGCGCUUCGGGCACUCGGUGAAGGGGUUGCUGACCGAGAAGGUGACGAGCUGCGGCACCGACGUGAUCGCCCUCACCAAGCAGGUGCUGAAGGGCUCCCGCAGCGCCGAGCUGCUGGGCCAGGCCGCCAGGAACAUGGUGAUGCAAGAGGACGCCAUCCUGCACUCCGAAGACAGUCUAAGGAAAAUGGCCAUAAUAACCACGCACCUGCAGUACCAGCAGGAAGCAAUUCAGAAGAACGUGGAGCAGUCGUCAAACCUGCGGGACCAGCUGAGUCACUUGCUGAAAUGAAGCCUAGCUGAAGGCACAGGACUUCUCCACUGGCACUGAGGGCAGCCAGAUGUCCUUUUCCUCCUGGGCCUGGGGCUCAGACCUAUGUCUGGAUAGUGCUGGAUGCCAGCUGGGAUAUGUGCAGAGCGCACAUUCCUGAGCGUGCAGGCACCUCUCAAGUGCUCCCAUCCACAUCUCUGUGUCUAGAACACUCUCCUGAUUCCCUACGUUUAACUGGAACCUUAGCAGAAACUUCACAACGGUUCCUGUGUUCCCGUUCUUUCCAUGUGUAGUGUGAGGUGCUCAGCCCAUGCCUGUAUCUCAGCGCCUGCAUUGUUCAGCUGAUGGCCCUGUGUUUGAAAUGCUUUACCAGCCCAGGAUGCAGCACGUGCUGCCUGUCCAAAGCCUUUUGUCUGUCAUGUCCACAGUAGGAUGAUUUUUCUUCCCAUCUCUGCUCAGUGAGUAGCCGUCUCCUGUAAGAUGAUGGAAUACUUAGCUAGCGAUUUACAGUGAUCGUAGAGCUGGGGUUUUCAUACAAAAUAAACCCCCCCAAAUAAAUAUAUAAAAUAGACCUGUGGGUUUUAAGUACAGAUAACUACAGCUUGACACUGUACCUUAUUUAGACACAGAGAUGAUGGGUGCAGUUUAUUUAGGGCAUGUUAAUCAGUGGGACCUGUAAGUGGCUGGGUGGAUGUCGAGGUGCUUCAGUGUGGACUGAGGUGCCUGUUGCAGAGCAGAAUUUCAGAAAGCGCGAAUCUGGGCAGGCAGCUCUGUCCCUGGGCCAGCUGGACGUGGCUUGGCGAGCAUCCUGCUCUGAGGUUAUCUUACUUUUUCCUAAGCCAGAGUUUGGAACGUCAUCUCUUUGCCAGCCCAUCUGCACUGCUUUCGGCCUUCAACUGCAUUCCUGUUCUGGUUUGCUCCUCCAGUUCUUGAUUAAGCAGCCUUGAAUGUGCUGUGUAUCUGUCAGAUUGGGAAGGUGUCCAGAGACACAGCUGGGACGUGGGCAGUGACAGGCAAAAGAAUGUCAGGAGCCAGUGCAUUCGGUUCUGCAUUGCUCUGUGCUGAGGACUUAGUGUCUGGUCUCCUGUUUGCUUCCCAGGUAGCGAGAUGAAGUGCAGACUAUAAAUACUAUGCCUUGUUUUUCUCGAGUCUCUUAUCUGGAGCACUUGGAGCACACUGGAAGCACUUGUUUGCCCAAGUGUGCUUUUCAUCAGCUGAUAGGACAAGAGCGAGGAUCAGCCUGCCACAUUCCUGCAGUGUGGUUUUGCUGGGGCACAGUGCCACGUGGCUCUACCCUUACCACUCUUCUUCCAGAACCGCUGCCUGCCUGCCUUCACCUUGCAGCACCCAAUCUGUGUCCCCGUCCAGAUGUCCAGUGGUACUGUUAGCUUUUCCUCUGUGCUGCGCCUCUGCUCAGACAUGAACACAGCCACAGAGGUCAUGGAGAACUGCAGUUAUUUGCUUUGUUGUUAUAAAAGCUUGGUUUUCUACACCUGAA